AUUCCGGGAGCAUUGUCGUCGAUGGAACCGAGCUGACGAAGCUUUCGCGCACGAAGCUGGCCAAGUGGCGGGCAGCCAACUUAGGUUACGUUUUUCAAACGCAUAACCUGGUGCCGGUCCUGACAGCGUACGAGAACAUCGAGUUACCUCUGCUGCUGUUACCAAUGUCAAGAGCCGAACGACGCCAGCGUGUUCAAAUUGCGUUAGAGGCGGUCGACCUGAUCGACAGGGCAGGGCACUACCCGCGACAAAUGUCAGGAGGACAGGAACAGCGUGUCGGCAUUGCGAGGGCGAUUGUGAACCAUCCGCAAGUGGUCGUGGCGGACGAACCGACCGGCGACCUCGACCCGGAGACUUCACAGCAGAUUUUACACUUGCUAGGUCGGCUCAAUCGCGAGCUCGGCGUGACACUGUUGAUGGUGACGCAUGAUCACGCUGCCGCGAAAGUCGCUCACCGGCAGUUUCAACUCGACCGUGGGAAGCUGAUCGAAACAACCGACGCGGAGGAAGGAAUGGCCGAUCUUCAGUCGCGGCAAGCGGCUAAGGGUUCGCUGAUCGUGUUUCAAGCAAACAAGUUUUGCCCCGCUUCCAGCCACCUGCCGCAAGACUACCAGCAGCAAAUCGAAAAGAUGCCUGGCGUUGCCGAGGUGAUCCCGAUCCAGGUCUUCACCAACAAUUGCCGUGCGAGCCUAGACGUGAUCGUGUUCUAUGGGCUGCCUCCUGCAAAGGUUCGCAAAGCACGCGACUUUCAAUUGAUGUCCGGCAGCUGGGACGAAUUUGAAACCCAUCAAGACGCCGCCAUCGUCGGAAGCUCGGUGGCUUCGCGCAGAGGCAUUGGUGUCGGCGAUAAGUUCUCAAUCGGUGAUUUGACGGUGCAAGUCGCCGGAGUGUUUACUUCUUCCGACCCUGCCGAAGAGAAUUACAUUUAUUCGCACCUCGAAUUCUUGCAGCGUGGCAAAGGCAUGAAUCUUGUCGGCACGGUCACCCAGCACGAGGUGCUUCUUCAGCCGGGGACCGAUCAGUUGGCAUUGUGCGAGAUGAUCGACGAAAAGUUCCGCGGCGGUUCGGUCGAAACCGAUACACGCCCCAAAGGUGUGUUCCAAGCCAAGAGUCUCGGCGACUUGACGCAGUUGGUCGAGAUGUCGAAGUACUUGGGCUAUGCCUGCGUGGCGAUCGUGCUCGCACUCGUUUCGACCACCACGGUGAUGUCGGUGCAGGACCGCAUCAAAGAACACGCGGUGCUGCAAACGCUCGGGUUUACCGGCAGAACCGUCUUUGCGUUAGUGCUUUCGGAAAGCGUGGUACUGAGCGUUCUGGGCGGAGCACUUGGAAUUGAAGCAGCCUAUCGGUUUCCGCCGAAGCGGUGA